GCCUUGCACAAAUAACCCGUGCAAUAACGGAGGGAAGUGCACAAUGUACUCAAAAGUACCAAAAUGUGAUUGCUUACCUGGAUUUUAUGGAGAGAAAUGUGAAAAGGACGUCUGCUACUUAAGAGAUGUUUGUAAGAAUGGAGGUACGUGCCGACCUGAUGGAACCAACAAGUUCAAAUGUGAAUGUAGGCCACAUUAUUACGGAACAUUUUGCGAGAAUGUCAAACGAAUGUGCUUAGAAGGAGGUAAAAACAAAGAAUGCUUGAAGCUUAAUGCUCGAUGUAUUGAAAGACUAGAUUUAAGUGAAGGUUAUGCUUGUGAUUGUGAAAACGGGUACGAUAAAGAUGAAACGGGUUUCUGCAUUCAAGUCUCAAAUACACCGGAAGCAACUGAACCAGAAAGGAUUACUUCAACAAAUUCUCAUGAAUCAACUGAAUCAACUAUUCCCCCUAAAACGGAUAUUUCCUUAAAAACAACAUACUCAACAUGUGAUUGUGGACUUCAUUCUUUAUCUUGCGAUUUCAAUCACGAAGGGAAUAAAAUUUGUUCCUGUGAGACUGGUUUUUCACAAAUGAAUGAUGUCUGCGUUGAUUGCUAUUGUGGUGAGAAAUCUGUAAACUGUUCUUUUGGAAGAAACUUGGAAAAGAAAUGCUGGUGCAAUAAAGGUUAUGGCCAAAUGCAUGGAGCUUGUAAAAAAACAUGCAGCUAUGAUGUAGAUUGUCAAAAUGGUGGUAUCUGUAAACAUAAUAGCAGUGAUGGUUUUUGCGAAUGUCAUGCGGAUUACAGUGGAGACAGAUGUGAAGUCAACAAUGUUUGUAGGCAUUUAGACCACAUUUGUGGUGAACAUGGCGGCAUAUGUGUGAUACACGAUGGAUUACCUCAGUGUGAGUGUCCUCCUGAUAAAGAAUACCAAGAAGGGGUUUGUAAAACAAUUUGUGAUGCAUCAAAAUGUAUUCAUGGACAAUGUGAAAUCUUUGGCCACUCUUAUAAAUGCAGGUGUUUUGCUGACUAUACUGGAAAACAUUGUGAUAAAAAAUCAUUGGAAGAAUCACGUGAUAACGAGCUGAUCGUAACUAUAUUUGCUAUCACCAUAUCAAUGACUGCAGUAACUAUGUUCGGAAUAGUUUGUUGGCGGACUUUAAUAAGAAUGAAAAGUAAGGUGUUCACUCAAGAUCCCGAAAAAGUAAAUCUCAUAUGAGAUAUAUGCGGACAUCUAAGAAUAUUCAAGAAAUUCAUAUGUUGUUCAUAGAAAAGAGUUCAUUUUUGUUACUGUUCAGAUUGCUCUUGGAAUGUAUAUAGGGUAUUUCGUUAUCACUGCCCUUAAUAUACAUUUUCAAACCAAAACCCUGUUAAAAAUGAAGUAAACAAAACAGCAAACACAUAGAUGAAAACAAACUUUUAUAGAAAUUUAAUAAAAAUUAGAAAGGCAAGCAGAAUAAAAGACACAAAAACAG